AUGUCCAACAAUGACUUCCAAGACCUUCCUUCCACUCGAGUAUCGGCUGCGCCAGCCUCAACAGCGUUUUCGGCGUCAUUGACAGAGAGCAACCUUUCUAUUCACGAAGAACAAAGCGAACGGGUUUCACCGCUGACAUGUUCAUUCCAGCAAGCUCUUUCCGAGCCUACCGUCCCAUCAUGGAUCGACACUUUGAUUGCGGAAGAGCGUAUUCAUGCCUAUCACUCCCAGCUCGGUUCCUCUCUCUGCGAGCUUCCUCUUUUAGCCAACCAUGAGACGAAACUAGACACGGAGCAGCAGCUCGCCCAAGCUCAAGGUCCCUAUGCUUCUUCUGCCAAGCAACCAUCAACUGCUCAGCCCGCUGCUGGCCCUGACAAUCACGACCAAGUUCCUAUUUCACUGAAACUUUUCGAGAAUAUGGGAUCUCUGGGCCAAGGCAGCAUACGCCACGAGAGACCGCUGGAGCGCUUCCUCACGCCUGGAUAUAGUGACCCGUGCUUUUAUACGAAGCCUGCGCUGGCGCAGAUAGGAGUCAAACUAGGAAGUAUGGAGGAUAAGGAGAAAAGAAAGCAAUUGGCGAGGGAGAAUGUCGAGCUUGCUGUUUCGAGGCGGGUGGACUCCUCGCCCUAA